AUGCUUCAAGGUGAAGACGUUUCUGAUGCUGUUGAGUGUGCAUGGUCUCAUCCUAUGAAAACGAUUCAAGAUGAAGAUGGUGUUACUACUCUUGUGAAGAAACCGAAGAGAGAAUGGACGUUGAAUGAAAAAGCUGCUGGAAUAGCAAACUCGAAGGCCCUACUUUCGAUUUUUAAUGCUAUGGAUGAAACUCAAACGAAGCUUAUAUCAAACUGCAAAAUUGCCAAGGAAGCUUGGGACAUUCUGGAAAAUGCAUUCGAAGGUUCAGCGCAAGUCCGAGAAUCUAAACUAGAUCAUGUCGAAACAUUGUUCGAAGGAAUGAAGAUGAAUGAGGACGAAACAAUCGCUGUUUACUAUAAUCGCUUUAUGGAUGUUGUCAAUCAAGCAGAAGCUUUUGGAAUGCACUUUGAAGAAAAGAGGCUGGUGAGGAAGAUGCUUAAAAGUCUCACAAAAAAUUUCAGGCCAAAGGUGAUUAUGCUCGACGAACCACCAAAGCUGAAAAAUAUGACGUUGGAUGAAUUAUAUGGUACAUUGGUGAGCUAUGAAAUGAAUUAUCUUGGAGAUGAAACUCCAAAAAGCAUGGCCUUAAGUGUGGAGGACAUGGAGCUGAUCGAAUCUGAUGAGGAAAUGGCAUUUCUGAGUCGAAAACUUUCAAGGAUGAUUAGUGAGAAACAUGCAGCAAAGAUGAAAUAUGGGAAACUUCAGAACCGUGGUGGUUAUCAAAGUGUGAGUACUUCUAGCUCACAACGGAAAUACUCUGAACAGAAACCAUCAAAUUACAGCAAGCAAAAAGAGAAGUUUUAUGGAAAGAAAAGGGAGAAAAGAGCAUAUCAAGCAACAUGGAGUGACAAUGAUGAAGAGGAAACUGUCUGUGUCGAGGAACAAGCUGAAGAUGAUGAAGUUGUUGCUUUCAUGGCCGAUGAAUCUGAUUUUAUUAAACAUGAUGGUGCUUCUACUGAUAAAGCUUCAGAGGAAUCCAUAGAACUUAAUGCUUAUGAGUUGAUUGAAGCCUAUGAGGAGAUGGUGUUAGAGCAAAAGAAAUUUGUGCUCAAAUUACAAGAUGAGAUCGAAGUUCUGAAGAAGGAUGUUGCUGUUAAAUCAACUGAAUCAGAUGCUUUGAUGAAUGAAAAUUUGAGGCUAAAAGAUGAGAAUGAUCGUCUUCGGAAAGGAAAAGAAAAGUUGGAUGAAAUACUUUCAAUUGGGAAACCUUUUGAUGAUCACAAAGGAGUUGGAUUUUGUGAAUCUUCACACAGAAAAUCCACUACAUUUGUGCGGGGUGGUUUGUUAACAAAUGUCAAACUUCCACUUCCAGGGAAGAAACCAACACCUGCUCAAACUCAGGAACUAGAAAGGAACAAGAAAAAGAAUGAGACUGGAAAACUUCCUGGACAUGUUGUUGAAAGAUAUUACAAGUUAAUCAAUGAUGUAAUGAGUGGGAGAAACAUUCGAUGGCCUACAGAAGGAUUAAAGCAGAACAUCAAAGUCGGACUGGUAUGCAUUCCUAAGAAGGAUCAUAAGCAAAUGGAAUGUAAUGUGAUUCUGUCGAGCCAAGAAUCUACACGAGCUGAUCGAUGGUACUUUGAUAGUGGAUGCUCUCGACACAUAACGAAGCAAAAAGGGUUGCUGAAAAACUUUGUUGAAGACAGAAGCAGUGAUGUUAUCUUUGGUGAUAGUGCAAGAGGGAAAAUCAGUGGAUAUGGCAUUCUUGAGAAAGAAGGAAUUCCAAGACUUUCAAAGGACUCAUGUGAAGUGUAUAAUGAUGAGCAGAAACGAGUCAUGACUGGUGUACGAUCAAAGAAUAACUGCUACCUGCUGGAAUACCCGAAGAUGGAAGCACUAAUCUUGAAGGAUGAUGAAACCAUGUUAUGGCACACCAGAUAUACAUGGGUGGAUUUCUUGCGUGAAAAGAGUGGAGCCUUUGAUGCAUUUGAAAAAUUGAGUACAAGGCUCAUGAAUGAAAAGAAAUCAAAGAUCAAUAGGUUAAGGACUGAUCAUGGGAAGGAAUAA